AGCAGUUCUGCUUCCCAAGAUGUGGAUUCUGAGUAUCUUAUCCUGUCUUCUGAUUCUGUUUAUAGGUAGCCACAAAUCUGAAGUAUGCCCUCCAACAGAUGCAGAGAGUGUACUGCAUUCAGGAUACGAAUAUAACUACAAAUUUUCAAGUGAGGCGAUAGCAGAGGCUCCUGGUACUACAAAUGAUAAAAGCAAGAUUUUAAUUCAUUGUGCCGUUUUUUUGUCACAUACAACAGAUUGUUACUACACCUUAAAUCUUAAUGACUGCAAAUUGAAUGCCAUUGGAGGCCCAACUGGUAUUGAGGUUGCUUGGAUUGCAGAUCAGUCUCUUCACGAACUUUCCAAGUAUCCGGUGUUAUUCUCUCUUGUUAAUGGCGAAGUCUCUGAAAUGUAUACAGACGAAAAUGACCCCAUACACUUAGUGAAUAUUAAAAGGGGAGCUUUAUCAGCAUUCGUGUUUAAGCUGUCUUAUACUACAAGCGCUAAAGAAGAGAUGCAUACGGAUAUUCAUGGCACAUGUCCUUUGGUAUCUACACCCCUCGAGGCUUCUAAUGGAUCAGUGAGAACAACAAAAAACAUGCAGCUAUGUGCUUUCCCAAGGCGAAAAGAUUGGAAUUUCAGCCCCUACUCUCUUUUUUGGAAUAUGAGUUUCAUUCAGCACUUCAUUAACUCCACUGCUGAUUGUAAUUAUGAUAUUGACAUCAAUGAAAAGAGAUUGAACAAAGUUUAUUGUAAAGAACGACAUGCUAUAAUGUUGGAAUCUGAAGUCUUUGUUCAGUCAAAUAUUCAUUACACCAUGGAAUAUCUGAAUGCAAGUCCUGUGACUGGAAGGAAAGAUUUAUCAUCUCUCACCCGCAAAAUAGAUAUUUUGUACGAAUACGAACGUACUCCGGAUCCAACAUCAAAUCCAGAAAAUUUCUUGCCUGUUGCCAAAAAAAUGUUUGCGGAACUUGUCGAACAUUCCUUAGAUGAAAUAAGACUUUUUACCAUCUCUCAAUUCACAGACUUUGUCGCCUGGAUAAGAUUAGCGAAGAGUUUAAUUCCUUUAUUAGAUACUGUGAAAUCGUGCUCAUAUUUGCAAGAAAGAGAAUGCACGCCUCUUGUCAAAGGUCUUGGUAUGUCAUAUCUUAAGGAUGCUUUGAUUCAGUGCAACAGCAUUGCUUGUUUUGAAGCCUUAUCGCAUCUAGUAAAAACUAAAGACAUUUCAGGAGAAUACCUCAAUUACUAUGCUUGGGGAAACAUGCAUUUUUCUAAACCAACAAUAAUAAAAUAUAUCAUGAGUAUUUGUCAUGACACUGAUUCUGAUUUGUGCUGGACAUCAAUGGGAAACAUAAUCAGAAGAAUCUAUUUGACUCAUCCAGAUCUGACAGAUAUGGAUUAUAAGCUCUUGAAAGACGUUGUACAGAAUUUCCAUGAUAACAUUGGACGCUUCUGUGCAUCAACUGACCCAAAUCCGAAGACAUAUUCUUUACUACUGAGGAAUCUGAAAACUGUAAGAAAUAUGGGUGAAACUUACCUAUUUCUUAUCCCCGAUGGCGAUCAGCAAUUAACUAAAUGUGUUUUUAAAUCCCAUGUUCCUGAUUACGUCAGAACAUUUGCUCUAGAGACUCUUCAGACCGUCAAUACCUGCCGUGAUGAUGAAUCUUGUGACAAAAUAUAUCAUACACUUUUGUCUAUUUUACUAAGCACAGCUGAAUCCACUUCUUUGAGAGCUUUGUCUUAUGAGCAUCUCGUACAACUUCCUCAAAAAUAUGGCUUUGAAGAAGAGGUUUUUGCAAUUUUGAAAAGAGACGGAAAUUUACAACUGAAAUCUUAUAUUGCAAGCAAUUUAAAAUCUUUGUUCAAAGAUCCGCAUUAUUUGAAAAAAGCAGAUAAGUUCGUCAAAUCGAUGAAUCAAUUGUUAGACGAUAAUGACCUGUCUUUAAAUUCCCUUAUACAUCACCCAGACGUGAAGUCGAUCUCAAAAAUGAACUCCAUGUCAGUUAACAUCCCUUUCGUUCCGGAACAAAUGAAAACGUUUGGUUUAAGAACGAUCAGUUCUCAAAUUUACGAAUCUUCUGAUGUGAUUCCACGCUACUUCAACUACGAAAUGAUUUUUGAAGCGUUUGGUAAGCUUAUCCACGCUUUCCAAUUAGAGGGAUAUUCUGAAGGUUUUGAAAAAGUAGCUAUUGUGUUUCAAAGACUUGUGAAAGAUUUUAACUCAGAAAUGCCUUCGUAUGAGAAAUUUUUUUCGGCUUUAUUAGAAUCUGUGAAGGAAUUUAAAUUAGAAGGCAUGGAUUCACCCGAAGAAUACAAUUUUAAUGAAACAGUCUUGAAAAAUAUAUGGAAAUUAGAGCAAAUGUACAGGACAUUCAAGCCAAAAUCAAAACCAUUUCUUUCUUUCUUUUCUGACGUCUUUGAGUUUAUUAUGUCAAAAAGGUUCAUUCUCUCUACAGGCAAUACAAUAAGUUAUUUUUCUUCUGGAAAUCCAGCAUCAUUUUCCAAAAUGCUAGAAAUUCACACUCUACUGGAUGAUGUGGAACGGGGUUUAGUGUACAAUUCAACAAGAAUAGUACGGAUAAUCGAGGCUUCUCAUCAAGUGCCUACUAUGAUGGGGUUGCCUUUGAACUGGACAACUAAUGCAACUCUAGGGUUUUCUUGGAGAAAUGGAUUUAAGCUGAAUUUACAUCCAAAAGAUUUUGAAAUUCAUAGUGAAGCAUUUACACAACCAAGUGUCGCUUUGACGUUCUUGAAUCGGAUGGUAAUUGAUUUUCCAACAGUUACACAGAUUGGCGUUCAAGCAAAUAGUUCUGGGUAUUCAUCAACGCAAUGGAAAGCGAAGUUAGAUUAUUCAAAGAGCAAAAAGAUUUUCAGUUUUAUAAAACCUACAAAAUUGCAAAAGGUUUUAGAGAUUUUCCGAACGAAUCAAUUAAUAAAACAUGAUGUCUAUGAAGAAAUAGAAGACAGGGGAGUAGAAAGAACAUCUUCAUCAUCUUGUACAGAUGACCAUGUGAGUUCACUGUUGGGAUUUCAAACAUGUUUAUCGAAAUCUUAUCCUGUGGUAACUGCACGUAUUAAGCCUUGGACUUUGAUAGCUGGAGGGUGCAAGUGGCAACUUCUUAUAAAUCCUUUUGAUGAGAAACUGGAGGCAUACAGCGUAGAAAUGGUAGAAUCAUCUAAUAAAAAGUCUAAGGAGGUCAUUUUAAAAUUCAGCACAAGUGGUAGCGAAAAUAAACGAGAAAUUUUUCUAAAAACUGAUGUGGAUGAAUCUGGAGAUAAAACAAAGUUAUUAGUAGAAAUUCCAGCAUUACCAGACUUUGGCAUUUCCUAUACACAAAACUCCCCUGAAGAAGAUAAUGAAAACAGACACAGCACAAUAAUGAUCUUGCAAUUACACAAAGGGCACGAAUAUCGCUUCAUUUAUAAUGAAGAAAAAAGAUUGGAUCAAACAGAAGGGAAACGUAAAACUUCGAAUCAAUCAGUACAAGAUGAAAAAGCUAUAAUGAAUGAAUAUCUUCUGUUUUUGGACACUCCCUACAACAGCUACAGAUUCUCAAGAGAAAAUCAUAAAAAUGGAGAUGAUGAAAAAAUAGUAGGACUGCUUUCAUAUGAAAAUCUGAACUCAUCUAGGAAGUGGCUUCACACUAUUUUACCUGCAUCAUUUUGGGAAAAUGAGACAAAGGCCUGGAUUCAGUUUCAAAUUAGUUGGAAAGGAGAAAAAAACCUUAUCGAGACUGACAACUGGCGUACAGUUUGCUUCCUAAAAGAUCCUCACACUGUUAUUAAUUUGAACGCAAGCUCAUUUGAAGUAAACGAAAGAGAACAAAUUAAUAUUAAUUUAACUAAAACUGAGAUUUCAACAGGAAAGUUGUUGGGUUUUGCUCAUUACACUUAUGAAUUGUGGAGAAGCCCAAGAAAUAAUCCUGAUGACAAGGAGAUGAAAACUUAUAAUCUAACAAUUGCUCGAAAUUCAUGGGCAUUUCAAAUCAAAAGAAUUUUGAAUGACGAACAAUUGGAAUAUGAAGUAACACUGAAAAAAGCUGUAAUGACACCAGAAAUCGAAGGCAUAGAUAACAGCGCGGGACGGUGGAACAAUGAAGGAAAUCAAUGGUAUCAAGCUAAUGAACAAGAAUUAAAACUAAUCGUAAAAUUUGCAAGAGGACUACGAAGCGCUGACGAACUGACUGGCAAAUAUACUGUUUUAAAAAACGAAAAUCUCGGUGAUUUUGAUAACGAAUUAAUUGAUGCAACCAUAAGAUUCUAUUACCCUAUAGCUUCCAGACAAGAAUCUUUAACCUUGGAUGGAUUCAUAAUAAUUUCAAGUGGAUCUUUUAUGUUCAGGAUUCAGAAUGAUUUUGUUGCUAAAAGUAGCUAUAAUGAAUUCGAAUUCAUUUCCCACGGCUUAUUCAAAAUGCAUGAAGAAUCAACAUCAUUGUAUUACAAGUCCUAUUUUAAGCAUGUUCCAACUGAAGCCGAAGUAGAUCAAGUUCUGGAAGCCUCAUUAAUCUCGAAUGAUUGCUUGGGAGCUCAGCUCAAGCACAAGAUCGAUUCACAAUUCUUCGAUUUGUCAUCUAACAUAACUUAUAGCUGCAACUUUAACGGGGAAGGAACUCAUACUUUUUUGCUCCAUUUGCUAUCGAACUCAUCAUACUGGAAUAUGCUGAAUCUUGAAAUAAAUCAAAGUAUUGAAGACCUCAGUUCCGAUUACACGUAUGAAACAUGCAAUUUCAUUCAUCCUUUAUUGUUGAUAAAUGUGACUGCUGACUGGACAGGAACACCCCGUAAUCACAAAAAAAGAAUCCUUUUCACCUGCAGAAAAGAGGACUGCCAAAGCACUGAACUUCUCUUGAAGUUUCUAAAAAAUUCCUACAAAAUUGCAAAACUAACCAUGCCCGCUGAUCCAAACAAAUUUUUGGUUGAAAAAACCGUUUCGCCCAGUGGCAAGAAAGUGAAGUUCAGAAUAAAUUACUCAGAUGAUGAGGACGACGUAUCAAAAGAUUUGCAGCUUCAUGGUGAAAUAUUGGAUGAAAAUCAUCAUAUAUGGAACAUAAAAUUUAACGUAGAUACGUAUAAAAGAGUUAAGUCUUUAUUUAAAAAAGCAUAUGGGAGUGUCAAAGACAGCAUCAUUAGGAUGGCUAUGGAUACUUAUCACCCUGUAAACAAACUGAUGAAACCUAGCCUUAAAGUGCCAUUGUAUGAGUAUGUAAAAAAUUUACAAAAGCAGGUGCAAGAGUUUAUGCUCGGUUCAUUGCAAAAUAUGGAAGAAACGCUUAGAAGCCUAAGACCGUUUUACGAAGCACCGCUCAUUCUGGUGACAAACAUUGCUUUUACUGGGAAAGAAAUUACAUGGCAAGCCUAUAAUUCCAUUAAACGUAAAUCGAUUAUAAUUUGGGCCUUCCAUUAUUUCGAGUUACCAAAGUAUUUCAACGAUACCAUCGCAUACUUUAAAUACAACAUUCCAGAAUUUUUAGAAAUUCUCGUGCAUGAUGAUCGAAUUAUACGAUGGGAAUUCGUGACAGGAAGAAUCAUAAAAAUGAGAAACUUCUAUAAGUGGCCAUCCUUUUCAUUGAAAGGAUUCAAGCUUAUUUUAUUUCCUUCAGAAGAUGAAGAAAUUCAAUCUCAAUAUCAGGCAUCGAAGUCAAACAAUAUUGCUAUGAUAUUUGGCCCUCGUCAUAUUUAUACAUUUGACGGACAUUUGUACGAUUCAGCCGACUAUUCACACGAUUGCACUUUCUUACUGGCUCACGAUCUUCAAAAAAGUACGUUUACUGUGCUGAGUGACAAGAAUGCGAUUCAUAUUCUUUUUCCGGAAAUGGUUGUCAGUGUCAAUGAAGAAAACGAAGUCUUUGUGAAUGGUAGUGACGUUCCCAGUACACUUCCAUUAGAAGCUCACAAUGGGAAAGUAGUUGUGAGAAAAAGUGAAAUUGUGGAAAUAUGGUCCCCUUCUCUGAGAGUUGCAUGUAGUUCGAAAGAUUUUCUUUGUAUUCUGGAACUCGAUGCUUUACACAGCGGCGCGACAUUUGGUUUAUUAGGCAAUGCGGAUGGAUCUUCACUCAAUGACUUUUCGCUACCAGAAGGCAAAAUGAUCACCAAUUCUCUGCAGUUCAUAUCUAGUUUCGAAGUUUCUGGAAAAACGGAAUGCAAGAAUUUAAAACUUCACCCGAUACAAUCUUUUUCGUAUGAAACCAUAUCAAACUGCGCAAGCCAGUUCAGCGGACUCUGUCGGUUCAAUGAAAAUAGUUUCAAAUCAUUCCAAGAUAUCUGUAAGUCGGAUUUGGAAGAAAACAAGCAUGCAUGUUACGCAGCUGCAGGAUAUUCUGCUUUGUGCUUUUAUAAGAAAUUAAAAGGCACAACAAAUUGCAAUGGAAAGCAACACGAAAGCAAAAAAAUAGGGCAAGAAUUGGAGGUUGUUUUCAUUGUACAAGAACAUCACUCCUUUGUUGUAGCUGGGGAAAAAAAUUCGCCAUAUAAAGGAAUAGAAAGAUUACUCACGGCUCUUAACGAGAAAUUUCAAACGAAUGGUUAUUUGAAGAUCACCUUUAGCAUAGUUGGUUUUGGGGGAAAAGGCGCUCGUUAUCAACCAACAGUCCAUUCAAGAAAAAGUUCGUGGGUACCUCUCAAGAUUGUAUUGGAUGAUUUAUUGAAAACAUUGCUGUUUGAAGGAGAUAAAGAUGCUGAUACUUUAGAAGCAUUGGAAUAUGCAUUAGAAGUCUUGGGCUAUGAUACUUUUCAUUCCAAAAUUUUCAUCGUUUUGACACCAAAAGACAAACAGAGUAGGAACAAAAAGGCAAUUCGUGAUCUACAGCAGAAUAUGGAAAAAAACGGAAUCUCCGUUUACACGUUGUCAAGCUAUUCUUCUAUUGAAAAAGGUUCGAAAGUGUUUGGAGUAAGAGAAGAUGGCCACAUUAUACCUUCAUCAACAAAAAACGGAACUGCAUUUUUAGAUUAUCCCAAAGGGGAUUUGGCAAAAUUAGCUUUGGCUACAAGAGGAUCAGUCUUCUUGACAAAAUUCGUUCUAUCCAAUAGUCCAGCUUCAUUCUUCAGAAAGUUUGCUGAUGAAGUAUGGGCCAAGGUUCAAAAAGAAGCUGAAGCAUGCAGAGAAUGCUCGUCUGUAAAGAGCAGUUGGUGGUGGCAAGUGAAUGAGUGCAAUAUAGUACACUGUUAAAACUCGUU